AUGCCCGGUGAUUCAGCACAGCUAAUUAAGGUGGGGAAACGACAGAGCAAAGGGCGAUCUAGAUUAGCUGAUGACAAUGGAUCUACUGUUCAGGAGCGCAGCCCCCCGAGCAACAGCCAGGAUCCACCAAGCUGGGCUGUCUUGGAUGAUCUACCUGGCGAUACCACAUCGUCUGAGUUUCCGCGAGACUUUCCGCGAGACGAGGUGCUAGGCCCAUCUCUUCCCGUCAGUCUGGUAUCGGCUCCUGCAUGGGCUCAUUCCCCAGAAUCAUCAGCUCUAGGAACUGCGCCCUUUUCAGAUAAUGGAGGAGCCAUGGAUUACCUCGUGACGCACCUAUCUCCAGGAUCACUGUCCCUUGUCAACCACAUUGGUUUGUCGCAGAUCCAUAUUCUAGGUCAUGACAGCCUCACUCUUGGCCAUGAGGAAUAUGAGGCUCUGGGCCACUAUCAGAAUGGAUUCUGCUUGGUACAUACCUCCAAGGCCGCCGCCUGGUCUUUCCCCGUGCUCCUACUACAGAAAGUCUCUUACAGCGCCAUCGCUUUGCGCUACGCAGUUGCUGUCGCGCUUCAAGAUCUCGAUGCUCGACGCCAUACCGAGGGUCUUACUAUUAGUGGACAAGAAUCAGCGCUGGCGUUAUCUCACUUCACUCGGGCAUCGUCGGCAUUCCGAGAAGCCAUACGGCAAUCAGCCAAGCCUGUCGACCACGUUGAGACCCUCGCUACAUUCUACUUCCACUAUGUCUACCUCACCCAUCAGCGCGCUGUUGAUAAGGAAGAGCUGCAUAAGCUCAGUCAGGCUGUCGUGCGCUAUCUCCAACGUUCAUCGAUAGGGGAUGUGUUGACCAGAUCGACGGCGGAGGCAGCUACGGCCAUUACCCCUUCUAUGCGUAGCUUCUUGUGUCGCUUGCUUUUAUGGGUUUACAGAGAGGAUGUUUAUGCGAUGGGGUACCGCUGCGCUGGCGAAGUUGCGCGAUACAUGUCGGACUGUCCGAAACUUCUCCGACGACUAUGCGUGGUCUCGCGGCCAGCAUUGCAGUUGAACUGGGGUACUUUGUACCCAACUGAGCAACGCCUGGACGACGUCUUCUCGGCUCAACAUCUGGACAUGCUAGUUCGCAUGCUCCAGCUUCAGUUUCAGAUUACAGAGUUUGGGUGGUCAGCCAUGUCAGAUGAAUGCUCAGGCACACCAAUAUCAGAAGCGAGGAACGCGGAGAUAGAGGAAAAGCUAGAUCUCAUAGAGACGGACUUUUCUGCUACGUUCCAGAUGAUCACGAUGCCUGACGAUAACAAUCCGAACUCGGCAUGCGAUCUCGUUGAAAGCGCUGCUGUAUUCGUGACUAUCUACUACGCGUGGAAAAUGAUAUAUUACCGAUGCGCAGGCAUGCCUGAAGGUAGGAUCCAGGACAUUUUGGCCAUGCUUAUGCAGGCAGCCCAGCAUACCAUACGCAAGGUCCAUCUCAAAGAUCUACGAAGAGCACUUCUGGCGGCUGUGAUUGAGACCAAUAAUCCGAUUCACAAGGACUGGAUCAUAAGCAAGCUCGGGCCGCGCUGGAGAUUGGUGCUCGAACAUGCGCUAGAUAGGCGUUCUCGGAUGGGGCAGCACCUCAGUAUCUGGACACUCUAUGAGAUGGCCUCGGAUACCAGCGGCAUUUGGUGA